CUGCAGUUUGUACAACUGUUGGAGCUUUGAGUGUAAUAGGAGCGGAGCCGCUGCCCUUGGCUUGCAGGGUCCCUAACGCUGCAGGCUGCAUCCAGCCGUGCAGCCCCGCUGCAAGCUGAGUGCCCUGAGCCCGCUCCUGCCCGCUGUUCUCCCCACCUCCUUGCCCCCCCGCCCAGUGCUCCCCGCUGCUGGGUGUGCGCCGUUUCUGUUCUUCAUUUCUGGGAAACCAUGGACAAGAAGCAAGAUUCCAAGGGAUCCCUGGAGCCGCAUAAACCAGUGAAAGGCAAGAAGAAGCUGAGGAUAACAUGUCCCCCCAUCAAGCAGCCCCCUGUCAACACCACGCCACCGAGGAACCUGGACUCCAGAACCUUCAUCACCAUCGGAGACAAGAACUUCGAGGUGGAAGCUGAUGACCUGGUGACGAUUUCGGAGCUGGGCCGGGGGGCCUAUGGCGUGGUGGAGAAAGUGCGGCACGCGCAGAGCGGCACCAUCAUGGCCGUGAAGAGGAUUCGUGCCACUGUGAACACUCAGGAGCAGAAGAGGCUGCUGAUGGACUUGGAUAUCUCCAUGAGGACGGUUGACUGCUUCUACACCGUUACCUUCUAUGGAGCCCUCUUCCGAGAGGGCGAUGUGUGGAUCUGCAUGGAGCUCAUGGACACUUCCCUGGAUAAAUUCUACAAGAAAGUACUGGAGAAGAAGAAAACCAUCCCGGAAGACAUUUUGGGGAAAAUGGCCGUGUCUAUCGUACGAGCUCUGGAACAUCUGCACAGUAAACUGUCUGUAAUCCAUAGAGAUGUGAAACCUUCCAAUGUGCUCAUCAACAAAGAGGGACAUGUGAAAAUGUGCGACUUUGGGAUCAGUGGCUACUUGGUGGACUCAGUGGCAAAGACGAUGGAUGCUGGCUGCAAACCGUACAUGGCUCCAGAAAGAAUAAAUCCUGAGCUGAACCAGAAGGGCUACAAUGUGAAGUCGGAUGUCUGGAGUCUGGGGAUCACAAUGAUCGAGCUGGCCAUCCUCCGCUUCCCCUACGAGUCCUGGGGCACCCCGUUCCAGCAGCUCAAGCAGGUGGUGGAGGAGCCCUCGCCCCAGCUGCCCCCUGAGCGCUUCUCCAAGGAGUUUGUGGACUUCACAGCACAGUGUUUAAGGAAGAACCCCGCUGAGCGAAUGAACUACUUAGAACUUAUGGAGCACCCCUUCUUCACCCUACACGACACCAAAGAGACUGACAUGGCCUCCUUCGUGACAGAGAUCCUCGGCGAUGACUCUUAACUGGAGCCCCACUGCUCCGUGCAGUCCCCGCAGAGGAGCAGAUGCGGACUCAAGUUCGUGGUGGUUUGCACAAAUCGUGUUUCUCAGCCCCUGGACAGCUCUGGGCACAGCCGCAUUGCAGUCUCUUUUCUCUUUGCCCGAAAUCUUCGAGGGAGAGCCUUGGAAGCCAACACCUUCACCCCUCGACCGCUGGGGGCACGGGGAGGGGACGGUGCCCACGGCACGUGGGGAACUUCUGCCUUUCUUCACUUUUGCUGCCUGGGGCUGGCAGAGAGAAAAUGCUGCUGUGCUACCCCCUCCUCAGCUGCCCCCAGCCCCUUCCCCAGCAUUUUGCCUGGCUCUCUGCCUCACGUUCCUGAGCAGCAUUGCAGGAGGCUGCACAGCUGUCCCCACACAAAGCUGUCUUGCUGACAUCUAGGUGAUCCUUCAACAGCAGCAGUCCUGGCACCCCCUUCACUGCGUGAUCCUCCACUCCUCUGCGGAGGAAUAAAAGCAUAGCCCCCCCCCACAAGCAGCAGCCCCCCUCCCCCCCUCCUUGCUUGCUCUAUGGAUCUUCUCCUCCCCUGUGCUCACCCUGGGGUUGCGUGGCACUGGAGGGCGUGGGGGUGGGGGGCACCCACCACUGCUCCUCAUCCUCCAGGAGGAUGCUGCCCCACCUCUCCCUCUUCUUCCCCCUUUGGGGCUCACGUAAGACCUCACACUGUGACCCCCUCCCCCCCAAUGCUGGAGGCUGUGCCC